AUGAACGAGAUCGAUCGUAAGUUGCUGGAGCUUCAAUCAAAUCUGGGCCAACAUCGGGAGUUAAUGGAAAACAACAAGGCCACUACUACUACUACUACUACUACUGCUACUCCUACACCUAGCACAUCGACUGCAAAAUCGGAGCCAGAGUUAAGUUAUUUUUCAUCGUGCAAGCAGGCGCCCGGCAACGCAUCGGGAGUGUAUCUCAUUCGUGUCAACAACGAUAGUUUACCAUUCGAAGUGUAUUGUGAGAUGGAGAAGUUUGGAGGCGGUUGGAUUGUAAUACAACAUCGCUUCGACGGUUCGGUUGAUUUUUACCGGGACUGGGAGCACUAUCGUAACGGGUUUGGUGAGUUGAACGCCGAAUUCUGGCUCGGACUGGAACACAUUCAUCAAAUCACGAAAGCCCGUGCGCAUGAAAUGUUGAUCGAGAUGAAAGACUUCAGUGACAAUUAUGGGAUCGCCCGUUAUAAUGCGUUUCAAACUAAGCAGCAUCAAUGCCAAGGCAAUGGGGCUCAUGUGAAGACUCGUUUCUACGAGAAUGGAAAGGAAGCCUCCUAA